AUGGGGAAAGAACUGGGAUCUGAGGGGGAAAAACCCACCCUGAGUCAGGGAGGAGGUCAGAGGUCAGAGCUGGGGGUCCGUGAGCAGCUCCAGGAUGAGGAGAAGCCCCAGAAAUUCUCAGAGUUGGGGGUCCAUGAGCAGCUCCAGGAUGGAGAGAAGCCCCAGAAGUUCUCAGAGCUGGGGGUCCAAGAGCAGCUCCAGGAUGGAGAGAAGCCCCACAAGUGCUCGGAAUGCGGGAAGAGCUUCAAGAGGAGAUCCCACCUGAUCGAGCACCGCCGGAUCCACAGCGGGGAGAAACCCUACGAGUGUCCCCAGUGCGGGAAGAGCUUCAGCUGGAACUCGCAGCUGAUUGUCCACCAGAGGAGCCACACCGGGGAGAGACCCUUCGUGUGUCAGCACUGCGGGAAGAGUUUAAACUGGAAGUCUGACCUGACCGACCACCUGAGGGUCCACACGGGGGAGAGACCCUACGUGUGUCAGCAGUGCGGGAAGAGCUUCAGCUGGAAGUCUCACCUGACCGAACACCUGAGGGUCCACACGGGGGAGAAACCCUACGAGUGCGAGGUGUGCAAGAAGAGGUUCCAGAGCAGCUCCACCCUCCUGGUGCACCGGCGCUCUCACACGGGGGAGAGGCCGUUCCAGUGCUCCGAGUGCGGGAAGAGCUUCAAGGAGAGCGCCACCCUGAUCAGGCACCGGCGCAUCCACACCGGGGAGAGACCCUACGAGUGUGACAAAUGUGACAACACCUUUCCCACCAGCUCCCUUCUGAUCGUGCACCGGCGCAUCCACACCGGGGAGAGGCCGUUCCGCUGCCCCGAUUGCGGGAAGGGAUUCAGGGAAAACUCCAGCUUGGUCAAACACCGGCGCGUCCACACCGGGGAGAGACCCUACAAGUGUCUCCAGUGUGGGAAGAGCUUCACGCAGAGCUCCAACUUGAUUGUCCACCAGAGGAGCCACGCGGAGCGGCCCUACGAGUGCGAGCACUGCGGGAAGAGCUUCUCGCAGAGCUCCAGCUUGAUUGUCCACCAGAAGAUCCACGCCGGGGACAGACCCUACGAGUGUAGGAGAUGCGGGAAGAGCUUCACCACCAAGGCCUACGAGUUCUGUCCCCAGUGCGGGGGAAGAGUUCAGCUGGAACUCGCAGCUGAUUGUCCACCAGAGGAGCCCACCGGGGAGAGACCCUUCGUGUGUCAGCACUGCGGGAAGAGUUUAAACUGGAAGUCUGACCUGACCGACCACCUGAGGGUCCACACGGGGGAGAGACUAGUGUGUCAGCAGUGCGGGAAGAGCUUCAGCUGGAAGUCUCACCUGACCGAACACCUGAGGGUCCACACGGGGGAGAAACCCUACGAGUGCGAGGUGUGCAAGAAGAGGUUCCAGAGCAGCUCCACCCUCUGGUGCACCGGCGCUCUCACACGGGGAGAGCAGGCGUUCCAGUGCUCCGAGUGCGGGAAGAGCUUCAGGAGAGCGCCACCCUUGAUCAGGCACCGGCGCAUCCACACCGGGGAGAGACCCUACGAGUGUGACAAAUGUGACAACACCUUUCCCACCAGCUCCCUUCUGAUCGUGCACCGGCGCAUCCACACCGAGGAGAGGCCGUUCCAGUGCUCCGAUUGCGGGAAGGGAUUCAGGGAAAACUCCAGCUUGGUCAAACACCGGCGCGUCCACACCGGGGAGAGACCCUACGAGUGUGGGGAGUGUGGGAAGAGCUUCACGCAGAGCUCCAACUUGAUUGUCCACCAGAGGAGCCACGCGGAGCGGCCCUACGAGUGCGAGCACUGCGGGAAGAGCUUCUCGCAGAGCUCCAGCUUGAUUGUCCACCAGAAGAUCCACGCCGGGGACAGACCCUACGAGUGUAGGAGAUGCGGGAAGAGCUUCACCACCAGGUCCUACCUGAUCACUCACCAGAUGAUCCACACCGGGGAGAGGCCCUACGAGUGUGGCGAGUGUGGGAAGGGCUUCAUGUCCAAGUCUCACCUGAUCUACCACCAGAGGUGCCACACCGGGGAGAAACCCUACGAGUGUGAGGUGUGCAAGAAGAGGUUCCUGACCAGCUCCCACCUCCUCAGCCACCAGAUGAUGCACACCCAGGAGAGGCCAUUCCACUGCCCCGACUGCGGGAGGGGAUUCAGGAGCAAGUCCAACCUGGUUGCCCACCAGCACGUCCACACCGGGGAGAAACCCUACGAGUGUCCUCAGUGUGGGAAGAGCUUCACCAGGAGCUACACCUUGGCCAGACACCAGGAGAGCCAGCACUGAGGGCAGCCCUGGGUGGGAAGAGCUUCGUGUUCCAGCUCCAUCUCACACGGGAGGAUCUGCUCUGGAUGGUCCC